UUGUCAAAGUUAACUCGGUAAGAAUGGGUUGGUUUUCGGUUUCUAGUUUUCUUGCUUUUUUGGAGUUAGCAGUAUCUUUCGCUGCUUUAAUCACCAAAAAGCUCACAGAUAGCCAAGGCGAGCAAGUUUACAAAAGAAACCAAAAAUUAUCAAGUGAAUGGAGCUUACUUAAUAACUUAAAUUGGUCCCAGGCUGGAAACGAUUUUAGCAUGCUCACUUAUGGUGGAUAUACGUUAAUAGCCGGGGCUUUUUUGCUUUCAAGAUUGAAUGGCAAUAAAUAUGGGACGUGUGAGAAAAUACUAUUAAUUUGUGGAUUAAUAUUUUUCUUUACUGAAGCGGGUUUAGUAUUUGGAACAUUGGAGUACAUACCAAUAGAUAUUCAAGCAAACGCUCUAAUUCUCGGAACCCUAUCGGCUGCAGGAGCGAUUUUAUUCUUCAUUGAUAUUUGUUAUACAACUUCUUUAACACAAAGUGUAUCAAAGGUAGUGCAAACUGAAAUUCAGUAUUCGUUCUUGAAAGACGAACCAAGUGUUCUACACAAGUCAUCCAUUCAUUCAUUGCCACUGGUUCCUGCAAGCGUUCAAAUAUAUCCCACUGAUGACCGGGUAUACUUACAACCACAAUCAGAGAAAACUAAAGGAUGUUGGGGGAAAAAAAAUUCUAUGCGAAAGUAUUUAAAAACACGUGUACUUCAAACUGAUGUCUAAUUUAAAACGAAAUAUAAAUAGUUGCUUUCCUCUACAUAUAAGAUAAAAAACACA